AUGGCCGAGAAGAGCGACACCCGCAAGCGGAUCCCAGCCAAGGCCUCGGGGUCGAGCUCGAAGAAGUGCAAGUCGUUCGCCAAGGGCGCCGACGAGGAUGAGGCCUUCAAGGUCGAGUGGGAGCCCGUUCGCGAGAGGAAGUCGAGGGCUUCUACGCGGAAGUGCGGCCUGUGCAGGUCCAUCAAUAAGGAGCACGAGCACCAGUUCGGCGUCGUCUCCCCCGCGGCCGACUCCGCCAAGGAUCCAGUCGAGGCCCUGUGGAUGUGCAAGCGCUGCUAUGAUUGGGUGCAGGAGGGGGUGCCCGACUGCGACGUGCGGGAGGUAGUAGUUGAGCUGAAUUCAGACGAGGCGAGGCGCAAUGACGUGAUGCGCUCGCUGGGCUUCGACGUGCCCGAUGGCGACGGGGCCGAGGCUAUGUGCGACGAGGUCGGCAUGCCGCUGGAGCUCUCGUCGGGCGAGGAGGUCGGGUACCUCAUCGAGGAGUCGUUCGAGCUCUUGACCCGCACCGAGUUCCAGACCCUGGCCAACAAGAGCCCCGAGGCGGCGAAGGCGAAGGUGAUCAAGAGGCGCUCCCCGACGGACGGGAAACUGGAGCUGCGAUUCGCCUUUCCAUUGCCUGGACGCCCUCGGCCACGUCUGACGGUAUUCUCGAAGGUUUCGGCGACGGCCACGGUUAAGAAGACUAAGACGGGCAUGAUCGAGAAGUUCAGGGGCCAUUGUUCGAUCGCUUUCAAGAGCUUCGUGAAGAAAGUGAUUGGCCCCACUGGCGCGGGGUCGCUGUCCCGCUUCUUGACGACCUUGGACGAGCACAUCGGCAAGCAGGAGACCCCGACUAAGCCAGCUAAGCAGUCCGACCCCUCAGGGCCAGGGCAGGCGGAUGCCAAGGCCGACGACGAGCUCAGCAGGGCCGUCGGUGGGCGCUUGGCCAUCAAGGACGGGGUCAUGACCGACGAGAGCGCCGCGGCCGAUGGUCUGGGAGACAACGUUGUUGAUGUCGAUGCUAUGGGCAACAACCACGAGAUAUUCCUCGGCAUGCCUUCCGUAGUGAUCCCCCCUAAGAGGCCGCAGUCGGAUUCAUUGAGCCCCCUCGGGACCGCCAAGCAUUGGAUCGAUCGGUCCCCGCUGGCUGACGUGCUGCUCGGGGCCGAGUGCAAGAGGGAGCUGAACCAGCUCGGGCUCAUCGAGAAGUCCAAGGAGGCCCCGCCGCUGCAGCGUGACAACGCUUCGCGGCACAUGAACUUGAUCAGGACGUGCUCCGAGCUCUGGCCAUCCAAUCUUGAGCGCAUGAAGCGCGAGCGCAAGCGGGAGGUCCUGGAACUUGUGUCGCCAGCCAUCGACGCGUGGCCGUCCUUCACCCAGAUGUACCUCAUCAACUUCGAUACCAAGCCCCUCUGGGAGAACGUGCUGAAGAUGGAGGGCCACCAGUCGGCCUUGAUGAAGCUAUGCGACAUGCUCAAGGUGUGGACCUCCGUGGGGGACUCCCGCUGCAUGGACAUCCACGCGCUGACGAUUCGGACCUCCACCAUGACUGACGCGGAGAGGGCGGGCUACUUCCUGACAGAGGUGCUUCUGAACAACGUCGCGCAGUGGCUCCGUCAUGGGGGGUCCGCGUCGGAGGCCGUCUUCUUCGUUGCCGAGAACGCGCCACCGCUUCUGCGGUUGCCAGAGGAGGCCGAGGAUUGCGAGAUCGGCCCCGCGUGCGCCAAGGCCCUCAGCGAUUGCGAACGCAUCUUCGCCGUGCUGGCCCUGAUGAACGACAUCAGGAUUCCCGAGUCCACGCCCGCGCACGUGUUUGACGACAUCGAGUUAUUCGUGGUUUCCCAGGCGAGUGGUGGCGGCAGUGACAUCUGGACCGUGGUGGCCAGGGCGGCCGACGACAGCACGCUGUGGCAGCACAAGGUGGCCAGCUUGCGCAAGACCGCGAAGGUAUGCAAGCACUUCUACCCCGAUAUCACGAAGGUCUCCCAGGCGCUGGAGGUGAUCGGCGAUCAGCCCACAGUGGAGGCGUCGGAGGGCCUGGCCGAAGCUGCAACGAAGCUGGAAUGGUUCGAGAAGGAGAUUGGGACGGAGCCAGUGGAGAAGCUCUCAUCGGCAAUAUUGGCAAAAUUUAUCUCUCACGUGAACGCCUUGCCGACUGGGGCGGGCGUUGAGGACAUCCCGAUGGCGACGACGGUCAUCGAUAAGUACGUGGAGCUCGGGCAGUGCAUCUCCAGGGUCAUGCCUUUGGAGGACAAGGUCGCUGCGGCGAGGGAGGUCAUCCUACGUGCGAAGUCGUCGUUGGCGGUGCAGGCGUCGGCCAAGAAGGCGUCUGCCUCCAUCGAGAUGUUCAAGACUGGCGAGUGUUCGUCCGAGGACGUUCGGAGCAACCUCGUGCGCAUGACGAAGGCAUCGGGGGGCGGCGGCGAUGACGCCAACAAGAUUAGCGACGAGGCCGCGAGCAUCAUCGACACGAUCAUCAGGAAGCCGUUCGACACAGUGCUGGCUGAUGUGAAGAACCUUGCGGCGCUUGCUAAGGAGGCGGCGGGGCACGUGAGUCCGCCGCGCUCCGACUGGGCAGCAGGCGCCGCGAAGCUGCUGGAGCGCAUGUCCGACUUGCGCAACGCGGCGUCGGCGAUGGGCAACCCCGAGGACGGUUUGGAGGCGAUCAUCCACCAGGCCGACUUCGAUAAGAAGCUGUCGACGCUGAGCCGCGCCAUCAAGAUGUUCGACACGGUGACAGUGGUCAAGGCCGAUGAUGACCUUGUAUUGGCAACCCUGCAAGGUGAGGCGAAGCUGUGGCGCAACAAGCACGACGAGACCCGCACCUCGAUGAUGACGAAGCACUUGGAGAUACUGAACUCGAACAUCGGCCUCCUCGGUAACACAGUCGUGACCCUCUCCAAGUCGGCCGAGGCAGAGCAGUUCCUGACGGAGCUCGAGCAUGCGCUCGACCUCAAGAGCGUCAUGAAGGCGUUCAACGCCACCAUCUCGGCCUACCAGUUUGACGACAUGGACAAGGCAAUCACAUCCCUCGUGAAGGCGACCUCCGAGCUGGAGGGGAAGGCAAAGGAGUACAUGAGCUACGAUGCCCAGAAGGAUGCCAUCACCACUGCGCAGGGCAUCGCAGACCUCGCCUACGUGGUGAUGUUCCGCGGGAGAGUCGCCAGGGCGUGGCACGGAGUGUCGAACACUGACACGGCGAAGGUCCGCUCGAGCUUGGUGGACGCCCAGAAGAGCAUGGGCAAGCACGGCGUCACCCCCAGCAAGGUGCUGGGUGCCGUGCUCACGGGCGUGUUCCGCAAGGGCCUCCGUUCGGAGGUGGUAUCGUGA